UCCCUGUUUAUUAAAUUUCUAGGCGCGAACGCCAGAGGAGAUUCUUAAAAUGAGCUCGGGAGUUAGGUAACGGUGACCGCGUGGCUCCGGACCACCUAAACCUGCGCGGCCCCACGGUUUGCCCCCGCUAGGCGGCACGCUAUCUUGCGCCGCCAGCGCAAGCCAUUUGCGUGCCGGACGCGGCGGUCCACUGCGUCGCGGUGAGCCUAAGGCCGCAGCAAUAAAUUUGCGUCGCCGUCCCCCUCUCGCUUUCCACAGUUGUUUACAGCUCGACGAAGAUCUCAUCGCACGCGACGGUAGAAGACAAGCGCGACGUCACUCUUCUUCUUCUUCUUCUUCUCAAUUUCAAUCAUAGCGUUCGAUUCUCUCUUCUGUGGAAGCCCUUUUGGUGUCUUCUUCCCGGCGCACGGGGAAGAAUUGAUUGGAGGCAUUCUCUAUUGGCUGGCGCUCGCUGCCUCGCACUGGCCUUUUCAUAUCUGCAGCGGCUGCGGCUGCGGCUUUCGUAUGUAGUUCUGUUGUUUCGGGGGAGUGGCGUUGGCUUCACGCAUCGGCGGCCUUUUCUGCACCGCUUUUGGUGGGUUUCGGCUGGCGGAGAAGAGAGCGGAGGAGGCGAUGAAUAAUAGCAGACUACGGACGACGUCGCCGGUCGUCAAAGUCCCUGUGAAGCGAAUUAAAGAAACAAACAAGGAGAAGAAACUCGAGAUGCAGGCGAACAAAUCGAUCGGCACGAAAGAAGGAUUCAAUAGACGCCAAUCCAAAAGCGAAAAAAAGCUCGCCUUGGAACAAGACGUCGAUAAGCUAAAGAAGAAGCUCAGACAGGAAGAGAAUGUUCACAGAGCUUUGGAGAGAGCUUUCACCAGACCUUUGGGUGUGCUUCCUCGACUCCCUCCGUAUCUCCCUUCUCAAACACUAGAGCUUCUGGCUGAAGUAGCUGUUUUGGAAGAAGAAGUGGUUCGACUUGAAGAACAGGUAGUUAAUUUUUGGCAAGGGCUUUAUCAGGAAGCCAUCUACAUUUCAAUAUCGAAGAAGAUCAAAGCAAAUGCGUCUGAUGGAAGCUUCGAUGAACAACUUAAACAAUGUGAAUCUUUAGUCUCAGCAAAAACUCCUCAUUUGAGGCGAUAUUCGAGACGGAGUUCUUCUUUGGACUUCUCUGAGAAUCAACAAGGGAAAGAGAAUCGAUCGCCGGUAAAGAAAGUCCCGAAAGCAAGGCAAGAAAUGGCAUUGUCUGAUGCCUCAGAUGAAGUGUCGUUCGACAAAUCUAGCGGCCCGAACGAAUUAUCUGAGGAUAUCUUGAAGUGUCUGAUGAACAUCUUCUUGCGAAUUGUCUCUUCGAAGAGUCCAGAUGACAUGGAAACAUCUUCUUCAAGUUCAGGUUCUUACGAGAAUUUCGUAGAGAUGGAUUCUCGAGAUCCUUAUGGUAUAUGUGCUAGGUUUGGCAAGCGAGACAUUGGUCCGUAUAAGCAUUUUCGAUCGGUUGAAGUGAGCUCAAACAUGCCAUCAACUUUCAGGCACAGGCUAAAGCCUUUAUUCAGAAAGCUCGAAUCAGUUGACAUAUCAAACCUUACACACUGGCAGAAGCUGGCUUUCUGGAUCAACAUAUAUAAUUCAUGCAUGAUGAAUGCAUUUCUGGAGCAAGGAAUACCUACAAGCCCUGAAAUGAUUGUCGCAUUGAUGCCAAAAGCAGUGAUAAAUGUGGGAGGUCAUUUGCUUAGUGCAAUGACAAUCGAGCAUUUCAUAUUGAGGUUGCCUUGUCACAUAAAAGAUGCAAAGGUCUCGAUGAAAGGUCCAAAAAAUGAGAGCACAAUCAUACGAGGUGUCUUUGGAUUGGAGUGGCCAGAACCUCUAGUUACAUUUGCUCUGUCGUGCGGAAGUUGGUCCUCGCCUGCUGUGAGUUUGCUGAACCACUUGGUUGUACUAAAAACACUUCAUUCAGAAAAGUUUAGCCUUCCUGUUGAUUCGGGUUACAUUUUCCAUCGCCUUUAUGUAGGUGAGAGUGUACACGGCUGCACAAGUCGAAAAGGAAUUAGCGACAGCGAAAAGGGAUUAUUUGCAAGCAGCAGUCGGCAUAUCCAAACCAAAUAACUACCACGGCCGUUGAGGACUGAAGCAGUAGAAUGCCUCGAGACGAGCCGAGUAAGUGCCAGUCGACAGGCGAUACAGAUUCUGCCUUAUGAAUUCAGAUUCAGGUACCUUUUGGCCCAAUAGAUAUAAAGUGGUCCAUCAAAUUGCUGGAACUCUCUGUAAGUAAACAUCAUUGUAAGAAAGAAAAAACACAAAAGAAGUGUUUACUUUGUCA